AGUAGGCUUAUGUUCUGUACUGGAUCAUAGUAGACUAAGGCUAUGCAAUAAUAAAGACUUGUCACUUGUAUUAUACCACCGAAGUGAUCAGACGGAACUUAUUCAGCAUUAUCACAUUGGCGGACGAGGUAAAUUUUCUGUCGGGAGAAAACGGCUGGCAAGCAUCUGGACCUGGAAGCCUGAAAUCUGCUGAGGAGAAUUAAGUAGCUGUUCAAGAUCUUAUUAUCAAACCCGUUGAAGAAAAUGGCUACGCUCCAUUUCAACAUAACCCCUUUCGUGGAACAUGGUGAUGGUCCAACGUCUACCAGGUGGGAAAGCUGGAGAGACCAGUUCGUAUCGUACUUGGCAUUGAAGGGAGUUGAUGACCAUGGUGAAAUGUAUCGCGCACUAAUGUGUUUCGGCGGAUCCGAUGUAAGGAAGAUUGCCCAAAACGUCGGUAUUGAUGCAAGCUGCGUACUUGACAACCCGUACCGGGCGGCAAUGGAGAUGCUGGACAAUUACUAUGCCCCUCGUAUGUCACUGCGUUACGAAAGGUUCAAGUUUCGACAGCUCCAAUUCAACCCCCACGAGACGUUGGAUCAGUUCACGUUGCGUUUGCGGUCCCAGGCGUCGCUGUGUGGUUUCGGCGAUCAAAUCGAAGAAAUGAUGAUGGAUCAAAUCGUGUUUGCUACAAAGGAAGAUGACAAGCUAAGGGCUAAAUAUCUCGAGGCAGACACGUCACUGGAUGAAAUGUUGAAGAUAGGACGGACCUAUGAAUCUGUAAAGCUACAAGUUCGUGAAUUCCGUGGGAUGCUGACGCAACCCGCUCCGGUUGAGGAAGUUAAUGUUGUUGAACGUCAGAAGUAUCAGAAGCUAUGUGGAAGAUGUGCCGGAAAUCAUGGUGAGAAAAAUCGGUGCCCAGCGCGCGAUUCGCAGUGUAAUUUGUGCAGAUUACCAGGGCAUUACGCUCGAUGCUGUCGUCGGUCAAGAAAGUUUGCGAAACAUCCCGAUCGGAAGUUUAAGAAGUCGGAGGACGGUUCACUGGAUUCCAGCCGAAAACUUAAGUUUGUUCGUGAGAUAGAUGACGUUACCAAUAACGUGGAAGUGCGCGAGUUGUUCCACCUUAAUGGAAAGCGGCGGGUAACUGGUACCGUUGGCGGCGUUAACGUUUGUUUUGUGGUGGACACCGGUGCUGAUGAAGAUGUGCUGAGCGAGGACGAUUGGAAGAUGUUGAAACGGACUGGUUUUGCUGCAUAUGGCGUACGUAAGGGUAGCAACAAAGUUUUCCAAGCUUAUGGGAGUCAAAAGCCUUUGACGGUCCUGGGUGAAGUCGAAGCUGAAAUCAAGAUUGGUUCCAAAAGCUGCAUUACUACCCUUCACGUAAUUCAAAAUGGAAAAUGCUCGUUAUUGAGUGGUAAAUCGGCAGAAAUGCUUGGUGUUGUCAAGUUCCUUCACGCUUUGUCCUCUGUUGAGUUGCCCUACAUCAAAGGUAAGACACAACUUUAAUUACUAUUAGAUUUGAAUGGACUAAAAUAUAAAAUUUAAUGCUCAGAUAUGUGUGCUUCUAUCAAAAUAGACCGAACGGUUUCUCCAGUAAGGCAAGCAUACAGGCGUAUACCAAUUCCGCUGGAAGAGAUUACUCUUCUUAAGUUGAAGGAGUUAGAACGUCAGGGAAUUAUUGAAAGGGUCCAUGAAGCUUCAGAGUGGGUAUCCCCUAUGCUGGUAAAAAGAAAAAGUUCAGAUGAUGUCAGAAUAAUAAUUGAUUUACGUGAAGCAAAUAAAGCUGUUAUCAGAGAGGUUCACCCACUACCCACAAUGGAGCAGAUGAUCAGCAAACUCAGAGGAAGUACAAUUUUCACUAAGCUCGAUGUUAAACAAGCGUUCCAUCAAUUACUACUCAGAGAUGAUUGCCGUUACAUCACAACCUUUAUUUCUCCUCUUGGGCUGAUGAGAUAUAAAAGACUCGUAUUUGGAUUAUCGGCUGCCCCAGAGUUAUUCCAAAAAUGUAUGGAAACGAUCCUCGGCGAUUUCCCUUGGUUGAUCGUCUUUAUAGAUGAUAUUUUAAUUUUUGCUCCUAAUAUUGAUAUUCUGAAGGUAUAAUAUCAUGCUAAAAUAUUGUUCAAUAUUUUUAAACAUUAUCACUAUUGCAGUUUCGUACUGAACUUGUUCGUAGUCGCCUGCGGGAGAGAAAUGUGACGUUAAACGAAGCCAAAACGGUUGAAAAUGUCGACCAAUUAGAAUUUCUGGGAUAUCAUUUAUCAGCUGAGGGAGUAAAGGUGUCAGAUGAGAAACUUGCAGCAAUAACGAAAUUUCGACAACCGAAAACAUCAGAGGAACUUAGAAGCUUUCUGGGCUUAGUUACAUUUGUAAGCCGCUACAUACCUGACUUGUCCACCACUGCACAACCGCUUAAUUAUCUUACGAGGAAAGGCACACUAUUUCUCUGGAAAGAAGAGCAUCAGCGAGCCUUUCAAGCUCUAAAAUCAAGUUUAGCUAAAAAUGAAACAUUGGCAUUUUUCGACCCAGAUUUGGAAACAUUUUUAGUAGCAGAUGCCAGUCCGGUCGGUCUUGGAGCCGUACUUUUCCAAAAAUCCAAACAAGGCAUAUAUAAAGUCAUAAGUUAUGCUUCGAAAUCACUAUCGGAAGUAGAAAGACGUUACGCACAAACCGAACGUGAAGCAUUGGCCUUAGUUUGGGCGCCAGAGAAAUUUCAUUAUUACCUGUACGGCAAAUUCUUUUGGCUAAUUACUGACCACAAGCCACUAGUCUCUAUCUUCGGAGAUCACGCAAAGCCAUGUGCUAGGAUUGAAAGGUGGAAACUUCGAUUAAUGGCUUAUGAUUAUAAGGUCAUAUAUCGUCCAGGAAAAUCGAAUGUUGCUGAUCCAUUUUCAAGGCUAUGUGACGGAAAAGGUUCCAAUGUGGAAAGCUUUGACGAAGAAAGCGAAAGGAUUAUUUGUCAGGUAUCAACGGAUUCAUGCCCUGUAGCUAUUUCAAUCUCGGAAAUCAGAGAAGCGAGCAAGAAAGACAUUGAAAUAAGUGAUUUAAUAAAAUGGUUACCGUAUCCAGUUAAACGAUGGCCAAAAACUUUGUGUCAGUAUAAAAAGGUUGUCAACGAUCUAUCGACAGACGGUGAAAUUUUACUAAAAGGUCACAAAAUUGUCAUUCCACGAAUUCUGCAACAUCAAGUACUGCAACUUGCUCACGAACCACACUUGGGGAUCGAAGCCAUGAAGAAACGUCUUAGAGAAAAAGUGUGGUGGGUCCGAAUCGAUGCGAUGGUCAACAAGUACGUAAAUACUUGUAAUGGAUGUCUGCUAGUUUCGGAACCAGAUGUAGAGCCCAUGCGAAGAACAGAAAUUCCGGAAGGACCUUGGCGUAAACUGGCACUAGAUUUCACCGAAGUGGCUAAUGGCGUACAUCUAUUAGUGUUGGUAGAUUACUACUCGCGAUAUCCUGAAGUGGAAAUCAUGACUUCGACAACAGCCAAAUCAACAAUUUUCAAACUGAGAAUGAUUUUCACUAGAUUUGGAUAUCCCGAACAAAUUGUUUGCGAUAAUGGUCCCCCAUUUUGUUCGGAGGAUUUCAUUAACUUUUGUAAGUUAAAUGCAGUUACUAUCAUUCACUCCGUGCCGUAUGCGCCGUUUCAGAAUGGACUUGUUGAAAGGUAUAACAGGUCGCUAUUGAAAACGAUAAGAAUAAGUACUGCAAUGGGUCGAGACUGGAAAA